UGGACAUCACCGUGCGCAUAGCAGGCUCCGAUGCGCAGCGCAUCCUAGUGCUGCACUGCCGUCGCUGCGACGGUCUGGAGGGCGGAUUGCUGGCGGUGGACAGCCACAUGCGCAUCCGCUUCGCCUCCGCCGAGGUGGCGGUGCUGCUCGGCUACUCCAUGCGCAAGCUGGCCAGCAUGCGGCUGGACGCACUGCUGCCGCAGCCGUUCAACACCAUGCACGCAAAGUGGCUGAGGGACCCUCCCCACCACGCGCCGCCUACCAGUUGCCGCUCUGGAGCUGUCGUACACCUGCUGUCCGAGACUGGCACCCAGGUCCCGGUGCGGCUCAACAUCAAGACCGACGUGGAGGCUGCCACGGCCGCCGCCGCUGCUGCUGUUAGAGGAAUGACCGGCGCCGGCACCCUCUACCUCGUGCAGGUGACCAAGGUACCGGCGGAGGAGAUGUUCGUUGAGAAGCGGCUGGUGCUGACUGCCGAUUUCACGGGGCGAGUGCUGGCGGUGUCGGCGCCGCAGUCCACCCUGUUUGGCUUCCCCGGCUCCGAGCUGCUGGGCAGCUGCCUGGCGGACUCGGUCGACCUGUUCGCGGACUGGCGGGAGCGCAGCGGCGAGGGGCAGAUGCAGAUGCUGCUGCUGGCCCUGCUGGACAAGGAGCAGGAGAUGCCGGGCACGUCCUGGCGUGUGCGAGUGCAUGCGCCACCAUCUGCUCACGAGGGAGAGCUGCCGCCGCUGCCGGGCCAUGUACGAACCGCCAAGGCCAAGCUGUCCUGCUCCGCCUGCCUGCAGGUGGAGCUUGAUGAAGACGGGGACGGUGGCGCCAUUGCUGACAGCAGUACAAUGGGAGCCCUUGGCGACGACAGCAACAACCAAACCUCGUCCACGGAAGAGUCCGUUGUCGUCCCCUCCGGCCCCAGCCCCCCCAGCACCAGCGGCGGCAGCCGGCUGCACAUCACCCUAUGGCGUCGCGACCUGCUGAGCGGCGUGUUGGAGCUGGACGAGGAUCUGGUGGUGCGGCGCGCUUCUCCGCUGGCGGGCCUCAUCACGGGGCUGCCCACCUCGGCGCUGCUGCGCAAGCCGCUCAGCCGCUUCCUGGACCUGCCGCCUCGCGCACCUACCUGGGAUGCCCUCGUGGCCGUUGCGCACCCACACACACAUGCGCACCAGCACCAGCACGUGCACAAGAAGAGCGCGCUUAAGGCCACCAGCGACCGCGGCAGCAUCAGCCCGGUCAUGGCCUUCAUUGGGCCGCAUCCCGACAGCGGCACCAUGCGGCUGAUCGUGCAGGGCGUGCAGACGCUUGGGCCCGGCGGCAGGCCCAAGGUUGCGCUCACCGUGCACCCGGACACGCUGUACGUGGGCGCGCAUGCCAACCUCAUGCGAGUAUUGCGGCUGGAGGGUGGCGCGGAUGACAGCCACCGCCACCGCCGUAGCACGGAUGGCGCGACUUCAGUGAUGUGCGGCCGCAGCACGCGGGCGGUGUCCCCCAUGGGAGUGGUGGCGGUGAAGAGCAAGGGGCUCCGGGUGGCAGAGGGUGCUAGUGGUGACGGCGACGGGGUCGGAGAGGGCACCGGCGCUGGCGGCGGUGCGGAAGGCGAGGGCGACGCCAAUGACGGCGAUAACGACGCGGAGGAAGCGGGGGAUGACGCCGAGCCACACGUCAGCUUGCACCGCCAGGCGACCUCCAAGUCUGAGUUUGUGGAGCAGUGGGUGCGCUCGCUGACCAGCCAGAUGAGCGGCGCAGGCGCCAACGCAGGCCGACACCACCACGGCCAUCAUCACGCACACCCGCACCAGGACUCGGGCAUUCCACAGCCCGCGCCCCAGUCCAGGCCCGGCAGUGGGGCGCAUACCGACUCCGCUGCUACUGCUGCAGCGCCAGUUCCUGCUGCUGAACCUGCUCGACCUGAUUGCGGAAGGAGUGACGGCCUGGACGGCAUGUUCGCAUUGCCCAUGUCCCUGCCGCAAGCAGGCGCCUCGUCCCAGUUGGCGGCCAUUCCUGAAGCGUUUGCGUUGCCUGACGUCGACGGGAUAGCCGCAGCCGGCGGGGUGAAAGGCAAGAGGGCUGACGCCGAGCAAGCACGGCGCACCGUCAGCGGCGCCACCGUGGCAAUUGACGGUCUCGUCACCAAGCUUCCCUCGCGGGAUAUCGUGGAGCCUCCGGCGGAUGGGAGAGAUGGCAAUGGGAAAGUUCCAAGUGGCGGCCGAAAAGGGGCGGAGGACGACGAUGAUAAGAGCGACCUGGCGAGCGAGAACGACGCGUCAAGCGUUGGGGAUGGAAGCCAGGCUGCCAGCGCGUAUUCAGGCACGUCUGACCAAACAUCUGUCACGGAGGUGGUUGUGGAUGCCCGGCGCGGACGUCUGCUGCGGGCUCUGAACAAGCUGCUGCUGGGGCCCUCGCUGAUGACGCACCUUAACCGCCUCCGCCUGGCCAGCUACCUGAUCAUUGCCAUCAUGUUCCUGGCGCACGUCAUCUCGUAUAUCGCCAUCACGGGCCUUGUCAAGAAGCAGCACGGCAACGUCAACAUAGUGUAUCAGCAGGCCAGGGCAAUGGACAGGAGUCAGCUCAUUGUCGUGCGGAUUCUGUCGGGUACCUUCUGUGAGACCAACGGCGUGUUGCGUGUAGCACUCUGCGCCAACAACCUUAAUUACACGAUUGCUCGUCUGGUCAAAUACAUUAAUUCGAUGGAAAGCUAUCACCAGGGUGUCUACUUGGGCCUGGAUACCUCCCGCGUAACCCCGCUUGCACCGGAGGUGUACAAGAUCUGGACAACGCCCGCGGUCGACUACCAGGUGUUCCUGGACACCCAGACGCCUGAGGUCGUCACGCAGCGGGCCGGCGCCUGGAGUUUGGGCAACCGCUUCCUCGCCGCAGCCAGGGAGUCGCUGUACCUGCUCCCAAUACACAAGGCAAAUUACACGUACCACCGUACGUUCUCCUUUCUAGUUUAUAACGGUCUUGGACCGCUCUUCACAGUAUACGCUGACAGCUUGGACCACCUCGUAGAUGCGGCCUGGGAGAGCGUCAGAGUCCUGCGCACGGACCUUAUCAUCCUCUUGAUCGUCGAGGCAUUGCUAGUACAAGCCUGUUGUACAGCGUGCGAGCUUCUAUUGGUGCAAAGAACCGAGACAGCUCGUUCACUUGGUAUCCUGGCGAUCGUGGGCCUGCCGGGGCCCGUGUUGCGGCAACUAGCGACCUCCGAAAUCAAGGUUAGCUUCGACAGUGACGACGAAGGGGAUGGCGGGAGCAGCCUGGCUGGGUCAGAUGACGACGCCCGGAUGGCCCCAGCUGGCGGCGCUAGAGUUGGUGGAAACGGGACCGGUGGUAUGGAAUCCCGCAGACUGCAGCUGCCAGCGGCGGGGUUGCCCGAGCCAGGCUCCCGCAGUAACACGGACACCAGGGCUCAGGAAAUGACGACGCCACCCGACAGCAGAAUGCCUACCGCGGAGGGAGGCGGAAACAAGGCCGGCACGGGGCGCUCUGCGGUGUCCGGGGACGAGGACGAGCCUGGCAGCGACAGCGGUAACACAAGAAAGGGUGGUCUGGCGUGCCGCACCUUCAAAGCACUGCAGAUGCAAGGCUCGAAGAGGACAGCGACCCGUGGGUCAGCCAACGGCCGCAAGGCGGCUGACGGCGGCAGUGGCAACCAGCGGCUUCGCAUUAACGGCAAGGUCUUGCUGCCAUCUCGAUGGAACAUAUCCAAGUUUACGGUUCCCUUCUUGCUGUGGAACCUGGCGGUGGUGCUGGUGUACGUGAUCACGCUGGCCAAGCUGAACGGCAUGCAGGCGCCGCUGGCCUCCCUCAACAUGGCCUCACGUGUCACCUACCGCUACACCCGCGUGCGAGCGCUCUCUGUAGCUUUGGUCAUUUCGCCGUCCAUGCGUCCUUUAGUCCGCCAGCUGCUGUCAGCGGAAAUAAGCACAUUUGAGAGCGAGUACAAUGCGCUGAUGUACGGAGGUGUGCCGACAUCUAUGGUAAACGGCACCUUCCGCCACGAGGUGCCGGCGGGGACCUUUGCGUCCUCAUCCUUUGCGCAAGCCUUCUUCCGGGCCAAGGGCUGUAUGCGAGCGGACCCCACGGGCUGCUUCAAACCGGGACACCGUUACUAUGAGGUGACGCACAACGGCAUUGACACCAUGGUUCGCCGCAUGAUAACCGAAAUGCGGCUGCUUACCGACGACGCCGACGCCGACGCAACCUACAACAGCACACGGACUGCUUUCAUGAGUGCGGUCGGUCCAAACGACCUGUACGACGGGCUGCAGCAAGGGGCGCAGCUCUUUGUCGACUACUCUAUUAACCAGUUCAACGCUGUCACCAAGAUGCACACGAUCCUGCUGAUGGUUUCCAUCGGCCUGGUGUUGGGCUUCUUCCUCUUCGUGUUGUGGCCGCACAACGCCCGGCUGCAGCGCGACGCGGCCCGGCAGGGCGCGCUGCUCAGCCUGGUACCCGCGGAGAUGGACGUGCGGGCGCAUGUGAGGGGGGUGUUAAAGCGCAACGGGGCAGCGGGACGGGGACGGGGAGGGAGGCAAGGAGGAGGGAACACCGUGGAAACCUCCUAAGCAGCUGGACGAAUUGUGUCAUCUGCUGUCUGAGCGUAGGAACUGGGAACAUAGCUGUACAAAUUGGUUAUGACUAAUGAAGGUAUCGCAAACGAACUGCCAUAUAUAAGAACACUGGCGACAAGGGGAGUCGGUGUUGCGUGGUAGCAAUGCGUGUUAUGCAGAACUGAAUUAUCAUGCAGCAAAGACUGUUGGGAAACUGAUUAAGUCGAUCCUUUCUAGGCCGUAGCAUAUCGGUUGUUAUGUUGCAGUCCAUUUGUACAGGGCAGGCUCGUAACCUCUUAUGUAUGGGUUUUAUUAUUCUUUCCGGCUGACACCCACCAGUAAGACGUGGCGCCCUUCUUGUGGCAGCAGCCUUACAUUCUUAUCGUACGCAGCAAUGGAUAAUGUCCCCACUGAUACAGGUCGGCUAAAUGAACAUGAACAAAAUAUUCUUCGUGUUACAUAGCCUGUUGCCAAUAUGGCUAUAACCAUGUACUAUGGUUGGUUUGGGGUGGCCCCCAAAACCUGGCCGCAAUUAACGCCUUUACCAGGCGACCAUGUGGCUGCCUUGUCUUGUUAUUCUCUCCUGAACUUCGUAGCAACUAGGGUAUGUGCUAUUGUGCGCGUACAUCAUUAUUGCUUUAUGCCCUAUGGUGUGACACCAACGCCACUCUGUCGGGCGUCGGAACAGCAGCCAGUACCUUCCUAUUUCGUGGCGGUGCCGUCAUAAGUCUGUUUCAUUGCGGGACGCCCGGAUACGUGGCGGUAGACUUCUUCGCAUCUAGAAUUUUCGAAUCUCGGAAUUAGAUCUAGAACGCUGACGCCUUGGGACGAAGGCUUUGGAUGUGGGAUGGACGAAGGGUUCAUUGCUCAGGCACAGACGGCGGUUGACAGACGCGGCUCACCAAUACUGCAUACUCAAAAGCAUAUACGCCCGGUAUGUCAAAUAGAUAGAUCCUCUUUUUCUGAGCUUCUUAGUUAGCUGAAGGCGAGUCGGUCUAGCCACGGGCCUGCUAGAAGACGCCUACACGAGGUACUGAUGUGCGUGUCUGUGCUGACAGCUUUGGAGGGCGCGCAUUUGUUUCUCAUUACUUUUUACGUCGCCCUUGGUGAUGGUUUUAAAGCUGUUUCUUUUUCCUUCUGCUCCACCUGCAAACGGUGCUGUCAUGAUCCUGUCUGAUCCACAACAUGUAAUCCUGG